AUGGCCAAUCCGUCCCGUCGAAUUCCUCUAGCGAGCCUUGCCAACGGGCCCAACUCACCACGUCCACUCACCAACAGUGGCUCGAAACGCCCGCGAAGCCUCGCCAAUGUCUCCCAACAGGAAAAUGAACCGCCUCAAAAGCGGUUGGCCGUCGAGAAGAAUAAUGCGCGAGACCUCCAACAUCCUCCCGUCACGCCUCAGAGGCAGCCACAACCGACCAUGGCUGAGGGCCGCGUCUUUGAGCGAGGGAAUGGCGAGUCCGGGUCGACUGCUUUUCAGCGCAAGUUGGUGGCUGCUCGGGACAAAACUGCUGGGUUGCGGGUGACCAAGAACGUGGACGUGUCGAAUAAGGACGAGACCAUCCGGACCUGGCAGAAACACUACCGCAAACUGUUCCCGACCUUUAGCUUUUAUUUUGACGGUGUGUCGGAGGAGGCUCGUUCUCGCUUCCUCCGCCAGAUUACGUCCCUCGGAGCUAAAGAAGAAAAGUUCUUCUCAAAGGCCGUCACCCAUAUUGUCACGACCCGUCAGAUUCCUACGGAUUCGACGAGACACACGAACGACGCCGAAGAUCAUUCUCCUGUGGAAGAUCAUCCGCAGACGAUCAACCCUUCGCUUCUCGAAAAGAAUCCCCGAGGGCAUUUGUCGGUCAAUGUGAGACGCGAUGGGGUUAACCAUAUGGAUAUUCUUGUUCGGGGAAAGGAAAUGGGAAUGAAGAUCUGGGCGGCAGAAAAGCUGCAGAGGGUGUUGGCGUCGAUCCUGGACGAUUCUCCCGGUCACGGCCACCAUGCUCGCGGAUCAACACAUACAAGUCGACAUCAGCACGAAGACCUCGGUCAAGUCCUGAGGAACGAAAAGUUGGGCACAACGUCGGAACGCGAACAACCAUUCCUGUCGCUGGUGUCGUUCAAGGGGCCGUUUAUCUAUGUUCAUGAUAUGGACGAAAAAUACCGGCCUACCAUGGUGAGGGAGUACCCCAAAGUGGCACGACGGUCAGAUGGAGAGUGGCCACAGUUUCGGUCUGCUAGUGUUGGCAAGUGUCCUUUCAUCGAGGAUCCUGCCAUGAAGAAGGAGAUUGAACAGGAACGUAAACGAGCCAACGCGGCCGCUAUCCAACAGCAGCAGCAGCAGCAGCGGGAAAGAGAAAGAGAGCAGCAAGCUUCUCGCACGCGUUCUCAUGCGUCCGUGCAGGCUACCAAGCCUGAACCAGCGCGUCGUGCAAGUCCACGAAAGGUGUUGGGGGUGAUUCGGAACAACACGGCUAUGGAGAUAGACGUCGAAAGGAAUGAAAAGAAACCACAACCUACUGGAACCGAAAGGCAAUCGUCAUUCCCUCCUAUGCCUGAACGACCUACCUUUGAGUUUGUUCGACCUGCGCAGUUACAAAUGACCCGGGAGCCUGCAGCGUCGGGAAUUCAGAGGUCGAAUCUCACUUCUGCCAUUCAGUCUCAAAUGAUUUCCUCUACCGCUGCAACGGGCGUCAAAGCCGGAACGAGUAAGGAGGUACAUAAUCAGUUGAAGCGACAAGUCUUGGAACGCACGCAUACAGGAAGUCUCUCUGUCGGGUCAAUCCCCUCGUCUCACCGGAUGAACGACCUUGCAGGAGCUUUGAAGACUGUUCGUGCUCCUGCUCCCCAACGGGCCGCCAAGAGCAGGGCCCAAGAAAAGCUUGGAGGAAUCCAAGAAGAAGACGGAGACUCACAUGCCGAUGACCUUGCUGCGGAACGCGCCACACAGGCGGCGGCUCGGAGAAAGAAAGCUGUCAAGAGAGAUCCCAAACCAGGAUAUUGCGAGAAUUGUCGUGAUAAAUAUGAUGAUUUUGAAGAGCAUAUUGUUUCACGCAAGCACCGAAAAUUUGCCAUGACCCAGUCGAAUUGGACGGAACUUGACGCCCUACUUGCCCAGCUGCAAGCUUGA